GUGCAAUCGCUUUGAGCUCUACUUUGCCUCCCCUGAAAUGAAGAAGUUUGACGCUGUUGAGGCUGUGCACGCCUUCCUCAGUCACAAGUCUGGGCUGAGCGCAGAGGAGUUGGAACCCUAUCUCUUCAGCCACACUGGGGAAGAUGCCAUUCAGCAUCUCUUUGAGGUGAGUUCUGGCCUCGACUCCUUAGUCCUGGGCGAAGCGCAGAUCUUGGCACAGGUGAAAGCAUGUCACGAGCAUGCGAUCCAGAAAAUCUCUGAGGACGUGCCUGUGGCAGGGUCAGGUGGAAAGAUCGUGGCAAAGAUGUUGAAUGCCGCGAUUCGCAUGGGCAAAUUGGUACGCAGCCGAACCAAGAUUGGAAAAGGUUCCGUCUCCGUCUCCAGUGCUGCAGUGGAAUUGAUGAUGUCCAGGGCGAUGCAAGACUUGCGAAAGCCUGCGAACAAGCUGCAUGCGGCAGCCUGA